AUGGUAGAAAAUCAGACUCUGCCUCUCCCUGGUUCGUCCAGAGCCCCAAAAUGUAAGGGCAAGCCUUCGAAGGUAGAAGAAUUUUUGGAGGAGUUUGAAGAGUUAGGCAAGAGUUGCAACCUCCAAGACAAUGAGAAACCAAAGAAGCUGUUGCGAUACUGUAGUAGGGAUGUCCGCGAAGUGCUGGAAACUUUGCCAUCCUAUACCACAGGAAACUGGGACUCCUUCAAGUCAGAAGUCCUAAAGAUCUAUGAUCAUACCAAAGACAAGAAGAGGUUCAGGAAGAAGGACCUCAAAGCUCUCUAUAGGAAUACUAGCAAGAAAUCUAUCAGCUCAAUGACCAGUGUUAGGACCUACACCAGAAGAAUGCAGAGAGUUGCUGGGUGGCUGUUGAAAGAGCAGGCCAUCACAGACAAGGAGUAUAACUAUGCAUUCUGGAAAGGACUUCCAAAGAGCCUUAGGACUAGGCUAGAGGUUCGGAUACUUGCUAAGAAACCUGAUAUCGAUGUUAAGGAGCCAUACGAUCGAACACUUGUCCAAGAGCUCCUCGAGAGACUAUUUGAACGUGAUCGCUUUGAUGCAGACGAUUCAGACGAUGACGACGAAUAUGAUUCAGAUGCAGAGGACUACUACAGUGAUAGGGACGACGACGAUGAAAGUGAUUAUGGAUAUGCAACAGACAGUGACGAGGAUAGCGAUGAAGAAUUUUUUCGCUCCAGAAUAGUCCGGACGAAGCGAAAGGCUAGGAAACACAAAAGGGAAGAACAACGGGAGGAGAAACGUACAAGGUCCAAGCGGGAGAAAGCAAGAGACCGAGACACAAUACGCGAGACAGAUAGCAAAAGGACACAAGCAAAGGAUGAGCGGAACCGCGCCAUUCUUGACGGUGCAAAGGCAGAUGAGCGCCUGCGCAAACUAGAUCGUGAAGAAUGUGACGCACACAAUGACGAUGAAGUUGAAUCGUUAGUAAAACAGCUAUCAAGAAUGAGUAUAAAUGACGCACGUUAUGCUGGAAUGUACUACCGCGCGCUCAAGCUCGAUCGUGACAUUGUAUUCACUGCACGACCGCCUUAUGCUGGCGCAUCCGAUGCACCCGCACUCGCAACGAAUCCACUCCCGCCGAUAAUUCCAGCUCCCCGACCACGACGUGCCUUCCAGUCGCAGACGAGCAACGGCGAAAUGAUUUGCUUUGGCUGCGGAGGGACGGGGCAUGGCUUGAGCUCCUGUCCCAAAAUACUCGAGUUGCUAGAGAAAGGCGUGUUGAAGCGGGACAUGCGAGGCAAGCUCGUCAUGAGCGACGGCUCGCGCAUCCAACGAACGCCGACCGAGUCUAUUGUUAACGCCGUCGAAAGGCAGUUAGCACGAACGCAUUAUGUGAUAUUAGAUCACUACUCACCGGACAAUAAUGUAUCCAACUUCCUCAACGCCGAAUACGACUCUGACUCCUCUGACAAUGAGGUAUUCGUCAUGCCCACCAAACGCGGGGUAAAGCAAGGACGCGCCGCACGCAAAGAGAUGUUCGAUGGGGUCGUUAUGCCACCAAGAUCAUGCAGAGUAGACAAGAGAGGACCCCCAGGCGAGAAAGCCAAGCCAGAGGACAUAGGUCUUGUCCCCAUUGAAGUCCAUGAAAGGCAGUAUAGGCCGGAACGCGAAGAUGUUGUAAUGGAAGACGACUCCAGAGAACGCGCCAAACGGGUGCCUAAGCCCGGAGAGAAGUCGGGACCGAUGCUAGGAACAAAACCAGAAGCUUCCGAAAAGUGGAAGCGUGCGAUUCCAUUGCAAUCAAAGAUCUCGGAAACGACAAAUUCAAACAAAGUUCUCGAUAAGAUCCUGAGCACGCCUCUCACGCUAUCUGUGGGAGAAGUGAUAGGCAUGUCCAAAGACGUCACCCACCAAUUACAGGAUGCGAUUAGGUAUAAGCGCCCAACGCAGCCACAAAAUGGAACACUGGUGGCCCACACGGUUAUAACCCAUGAUCGCGAUGCUCUAAUCAAAUUAAGUAUGGAAUGCGAUGGGCGACCAUUGGACGCCAUUGUAGACACCGGUUCUCAAUUGAAUAUUGUACACAAAAAGGUGUGGCAACUGUACAUAUGGCGACCGAUGGACAGAAGUCGACGGAUCACAAUGCACGACGCCAAUGGCGGCGACGGAGUAAUGGAGGGCUUAGUACAAAAUGUGCCGCUGACGUGCGGAGGGAUUCGUACUUGGGCUAAUCUCUACGUCGCUGAACACGCUCCCUUUGAUCUACUGCUGGGCAGGCCCUGGCAGUGCGGAAACCAAAUCUCUAUCGACGAACGUAUCAACGGUACCUACUUGAUAUUCAACAAUCCUUUCACGUCCGAACCGCGUCAAGAACUCUUGGUAGCGCCUGAUCGAGUUCUGACGAACGCGAGCGCUAACGCUAAUUUCAGCUACUACACGCAAGCCAACGCCUACCACGCACGUUAUCCUAUGACUGACACUGCCACUGAUCGGGUGGGCUGGACCCAUGGAUCGAAUGACACCACUAUCUACAAUUGGGAUCUGUCGCGUGACGCUCGUGAUACCCCGAUGACUCACGAAUCCAGUAAUGGACUUCCCGUUGCGGAAGGACGUCGAAACGUGCACGGCGAAGUAUGGACGGACGCUGCAUUGACAGUUCACUUGGGUAACGGUAUAUUACCCAACGGUUCGUACUAUGAGGAUUAUUUUGCGCCCCGUGCCGUCUUCACGCUCAUUCCUACCGACGACGACCUUGCGCCUUCGUCGCGCGUUGGUAUCCUAUACACACGGUUCGUCCCUAUUCCCCUUGACGACGACGCCAACCCAGGUUGGUUGGCGAGACCGUAUCCGCCGGCUCUUGAAUCUGCCGGACGUGACGUCGAAGACGUUGACUCGGAAAGUGACUAUGGCCAGUACUACGAGGACGACGGAGUACCUAUGGAUGAGCAGCGAGGUGAGCCACCAAACAUGCUCAAUGAUGGCCUCAUGCUCAUGUCGUCCCUUGCCGAUGAAGAGGAGCACGCACAGCUCAACCCACACGUCCUCCUCGCAAGUACCAUCGACCCACGACGACGCCGUCACUCAGAUUCCGAUAUCUGCCCCUCUCCUCUUCGACUAUGUCCCAGUCUAUCCGAUUUACGACCUCCCUCAGCCCCAGUUCGGUCGACAUUUUCAGAUACGGGUUAUGAGUAUAGUGACGCCGUCUCCAUCAAUAGCGGUGCCGAGGCCGACGACGAGGACUGUAUGGAGAACACCAGUACCAAUUCAGACAUGCCGCCACUUCCGCCCCUUAUCGCCCGAGCCCUUCAGCGACUUGAAGAAGGGCGGGGAUGGUUCGAUUACGCAAGUGAUCGUACGCACGACGUCGCCUCCGCUAGACCACCCACUCCCAUUCCCCCCGUCAUCGACAACUUCACUCCAGUCCACGCCGAUGAACCCGCCGCUCGAGAACGUGGCGACGCGCACGCAUUCACUCCCCACACCGAUGCUGACGCACCUCGAACCGACGAAGCGUCCGCUGCCUUCAAUUCCUGGUGCGAACGUGUUCGAAGGGCGGCACUCGCUGAACUCAACCGAAUCACGCGCGGAGAAGGUAAUUACAACAUUUCUGGAGGGUACUACGACGCGGCCAAGGAAGGUUAUAUCGAAAAGGUCGCCGCCGUCUACUCCGCCACUACCGACAACGCCUCCACCAUCGCGGUUGACAACACCUCUGCUGUCACCACCAACGACACCUCCACGCUCGCAGACGACGCCGACGACGACCUCUAUGCCCCGGCCGUCGAUGACGCAAGUAUUGUACCCGAGACGCCAGGAGCGUACGCCCAUUCGCCCCCUGCCGCUACGCCCGAGGCAGGCGAGGGCUUAGCUGUCCCUGUCGCACCGCCGCUGUCUACCGCCUCGUCAAGCCCCGAUCCUUUCGGGCCAGCAUCCACACGUGCAACGCCAGGCUCCGCCGCUAAUCCCAUCAACGUCGACUCGGACUCGAGCUCGGAUGUGGGUGAGGACUGGUACGAACGGGAGGCGCGCGUCUACGAACUUCGCGAGUGGAUGUUCGAGGAGGUGGUGGAUCAUUUGCGCGAUGCCUUCGACAACAUCGAGGACAUAUUACGGAUGGAAGUACUCGGUGCGCAUUAG